GCAUCGCCGACUAUUGAACCCGGAAUCACCACCACACAUGUAAUGCACGCUACAAUGUUGGCCGUCAAUGUGCCGUUCUUGUCGCCUACCGUGCACGCACGUUCUAAUUAGAUUACCGAUUCAUUCUUAAUUUGCGGUAAUUGUGUUGUUUCUCACGGAUGUACGUAAUAUUCUACACGAUGGGAAUAUCUAUAAUGAUUUACCGGAUCCGCUUUACCAUCUUGUGUUCACUAGCCUUACUCCAUCGGGCAUCCGCCAGCGAUGUGGCGGUGAUGGACGACACGCCCAUCAUUCAGCGUUACCGCAUGGCGCUAAAAGAAGGCGACACGGCCAUCCUCCGCUGUAUUGAGGACGAACGGCUGCCGGUGGUGUCGAUCUCCGAUAUAAAAUUCGCCCGCGCCCGCCAAUUCCAGCAGUUGAGCAUCGACCCGGUGUGUUUUGACGAUGUGUCGCAGCAGGCGCAGCGCGCCAACGAUAUGGCCAAAUUCUGCAACAACAAACCGGGAUGUAUCUUAAAAGCGGCGGAUCCUGCCGUCAAGCCCGAAUGCCGGUCGGCGUAUUUGCUCAUACGAUAUUCGUGUGCGGCGUCGGCGUAAUUUUUAUGCGAAUGCUGUUUCUGUUACGUAGUUAUCAUGCACAUGGUUACAAAUUCCUGUGAUUUGUUUCUUAGCUAGGUACCUCAAGAUGUUGUUUUGGCUUUAAAUUUGUUAAUGUCGGCGAAAACA